AUGGCGAACAUUAGGUCCAUCCUUCUUACUCUAUUUAGCUUUGUCUAUUUGGUUCGUUCCGCUCCAUCUUGCCAGUUAUACACCAUUCAAUCUGGAGAUACAUGCUGGAAGAUUGCCAAUACAUUCCAAGUUACUCUGGAUCAAUUGCGGGAAUGGAACACAUUCAUCAAUGCGGAAUGCACAAACCUGACCAUCGGUGAUCAGUUGUGUGUGAGCGAUCCUAAUACAAAUGGUGGCGAUCCCACUACCACAAAGCCCACCGCGACGAUGACAGGUCCUUAUGCUACAGCUACAGUCGCACCACCAGGCCCAGUCGCCCAAGGCACGACUCCUAGAUGUGGAAAGUAUUACCAAGUUCAACAAGGGGACUAUUGCCAACGAAUUGUUGGCAACUCCGGCAUUAGCAUGGAGCUCUUCAAGGCUAUAAACCCAGAUAUCAAUGCGGACUGCUCCAAUCUCAUUCCCGGUCUAUACUAUUGCGUUCUUCCCACAAAGGACUGGAACAGCUCACCGACAACCCUUAAAACUACCACUUCGGCCUCAGGCUAUGUCUCUCCGCCGGGUCCUACUUCCAUAGGAACUACCCCAAAGUGCUACGAGUGGUAUAUUGUCCAGCAGGGAGACUAUUGCGCCCGGAUCCAAUCCAAGUACGGAGUGACGAUGGCCCAGCUGCAGUACUGGAACCCAGAGCUUAAUAACGAAUGUACCAAUCUGUUGACUGGUUAUGCGUACUGCGUUCGGGGUGAUAACCAGACAAAUCAACGUGUAGCAGUGGCAGCUGUACCGGCCCAAACCACGGGACACUGA